GCUCAAUAAAGUGCAUAUACUUGAGAUGGGAGGCAGACAUAUGCCGAAAUGGAAAGCACAGGGUAGGGUCGUGCUUGGUAUACAAAACAGCCCACGCACAGAAGCACUCGCACGGUCACAACGCUACUUGGCAAUUUAAAGUUGGGUAGCUCAUGCAAUGGAUCUCAUCACUGCCGUCGAAGAGAAAAAUCUGCCAGCUGUAGUCAAACUUUUGGACAAUGGCUGGGAUGUGGACACCACCGAUCAGCACGGGAGAAGCGCACUGGUGGCAGCCGCUGCCACCGGGUGUUCUGAUAUUGUCGACGUAUUGUUGGAGUAUGGUGCGACGGUCGAUCUUACCGAUAAGUACCGAUACAGCGCACUAAUGCGUGCCGCCCACCGAGGCUACUUCGGAAUUGUACGCUCUCUUCUCGACUGUGGGGCGGACACAGAAAUCAAGUGCAAGGCCCAGGGCUAUACUGCCCUAAUGAGAGCCGCCCACGAAGGGCAUGCGAAUGUGGUGGACUUGCUUAUUGAGAGAGAGGCUGAUGUCAAUGCAACAUCAACCAAGUCGGGUGUUUCUGCACUUCUGCGAGCGGCGAUCAAAGGCCACAGCGCCAUCGUAUCGGCUUUACUGGAGGCAAGCGCGGAUUGCAAUAUCGCCAGCAAGGGUGACUACACACCGCUGCUGAGAGCUGCAGAGGAGUGUCACGUGGAUGUGGUCGACCUACUGCUGCGCAAGGGAAACCCGGAUCGGUGCUUCAGCGAAUUCGAUCAUAUGCACCCGAUUUAUUUGGUAGAGAAUAGCCGAAACAAUACCAAACAGGCAAAGACCAAGACCAUUACAGCCCUCCUCGACGCUGGAGUUAAACCCCAUCGCAACUUUCAGAACGCCGACUCGUGUUUGUUGACGGUUGUGGCGGACGACAACGAUGAGUUGGUGGAGGCAUUGCUUAGACAGGAUGACUGUGACGUGGACUAUGCCAAUGUGGACGGAGAGACAGCCCUCAUCCGCGCGGCCAGACUUGGUAGGCUGACAACUGUGUCCUUGCUGUUGGCAGCUCACGCCAACGUGGACGCUCGUGACAAGUUCGGUGAUUCGCCUCUGAUCUGCGCCGCCAACGAAGGCCACACAAAUGUGGCGAAGCACCUUAUCGAACAUGAAGCCGAUGUGAAUGCCGCGGCAGAGCAUGGACACACGGCUCUUAUCGUCGCAGCUAUCAGUGGCCACUUUGACAUUGUGCAAUACCUGCUAGAUUCGGGCGCAGACAUUGAUAGCCAGACGGAUGACGGCUUCACAGCACUGAUCGAGGCCACCAAGAAUGGCCAUGCAGAGAAUGUCGACCUUCUGAUUCGCAGACAGUGUGACCCCGAUCUUUGCACAUCGUCGUAUCGCAUCACAUGGUCCACACAGUCGAUCAAUGACGCCUUCUUGUUUUAUUCGUCUGACGAGGAGUCAUCGGAUGAGGUGCAGGGAUUCUUGGGCGAGGUAGAUGAGAGUUCCUUCUCCAACGGAAGCCAGGAGUAUCUGUGCGCUUCAAGCUCGUUUGUAGACAGCGACGACUCCAUCCGAGACAAGAACGAGUCCGAUAGAACCCACACUCACGCACAGACACGCACACAUACGCAGCCAAACACAACCACCACCCACACAACACUCUCUACAGCUACCAAUAACCCCGAUACUCACACUGCUAAGGCUGCCGUCGACUACGACUACGCACAAUACAUCGCCGCACACAAGUACCCAACAGACGAGUCCACACCAGGGGUGCGAGUGCUGCGACAGGCGGAGAAUACGCGCAUACAAGCACUUGGAGGGGAUCUGAGCUUGUAUGUAGGGCAGAUGAGAAGCAAGCGAGUGGAAAAGACGACCCACAUCACACCCAAUACACACCCCAGUGUGUGUAUUGGUGUAGAUGCGUGGUAUGACACCGGCAUGAAAGAUACGGUCCCAAAUACACCAUCUGAUGCACGUAGUGUUUUGAAUGAACCGGCCAAGGCGUGCGUCAGUGGUAUGGCGGAUGGGACAGGUGCCUCGGCCAUUCUUGUAUCCUCAGGUGCACAACCCACAUCCGCCUCUGUGUUUGCGGAUGAACACAGCACAUCAGCACCCCAGAGCCCAUCGCAAGAGCCAUUAAUGUGCGCGGACAACACGGACACCUCCUCAGACGACGCAUCAGAUGAUGUAUCUAGAGACGAGUCAGAAGGUAUAGGGCACGGAAGGGCUUGUGCUGCAAGUGGCAUGUGUGGAGAUGGCGCCACAAAGGGUGGGAGUGGGGGAGGGAAAGGAGGAUGUUUGGCAGAAGAUGAUGGUCUUGGAACUGCGGCUGAUGGUGAUAGGGUAGAUUGUGGUGAAAACGAGACAGAGAAUGCCGGACACGGGUCAGGUGAAAGUGGAAAUGGGCAUGAGAGUGGUGCAUAUGCACCAAAAAGUGGAGGUGUUGUAGACGACAGAAGUGGCCAAUAUGAGCGUACCGGCAAUGGGGUGCAGGGCAUUGAGACCUUAAGUGAGGCGGAGCUACUCACUCUACAACGCAUGCUCUACGGUACUGAAAUCUAUAGCGCCAACCCAGGCACCACCUCUACCUCCCAGGUAUCCGACAUCCCUUCGGAACACCCAGACGAUCGCGUGACAUUACCACAAGCUUCUACCACAAUGCGGCAGUCCUCUCUGGACAGCUCAGGUGUAUCCAACGAGACUAUAGGCACCUCCACCACCCCUUCCUACCCCUCCAGCGAGAGCAUGUAG